AUGAGCAAGCGCAUCAUUACCUACCGGCGUGUGGGCGACCUCGACAUCAAGCUCGAUGUCUCCGUGCCACCGUCGGCUGCCACAGGCAGCGUGUUGCCAGCGGUGAUUUACUUCCAUGGGGGCGGCUUGUUGUCGGGCAGCCGUACGGAAGAAGAUGUAUUCACCCCAGUCUGGUUAAAAAGGUCUACGCUCCAACGAGGGCUCAUCUACAUCGCAGCAGACUACCGCCUCUCACCUCCCUCCACGGCUCUCGACAUCAUCGAGGACGUCAAGGCACUCUUCGCCUUCCUAGCGCGCCCGACGUUCUCCGAGCAACACUUGCCCAAUGGCAUAUCGCUAGACGCUACACGCCUCGCAGUCGCAGGAUUCUCUGGCGGAGGCUAUGUCGCGCGAGUGGCAGGCAUCUACGCAGAGCCUAAACCGAAGGCCGUGUUGUCCAUGUUCGGCAUGGGAGGCGAUUUCCUGUCCGAUCACUGGCUCGCGGUGAAGGAUACGUACCUCAGGUUCCCCGGCGCGGACCAGAUCACGGACGUAUCCGUAGCCCACCUCCUCGACCCUUCGAUCGCUGCUGUAGCAGAGAUGCCGCUGAAAGUGCGGAGCGACGGGACGUUGUCGGAUGACGAGAACCGUUGGUAUCUCUUCACGCACGCAUGGCACAAGGGUAACCUUCUCGACUUCGUUCUCGGCGAGCCCAUAUCCGCCACCCUGCGCGGCCUCCCGUACGCUGACCGCCUCGCGGCAAUCCCUCCUCGUCUGCGUCCGGCGAUCCUAGAAGACCAAAUCAACGCUGCGUUCCCACCGACGUACUUCGUACACGGAGCGAUCGACCACUGCGUCUUAGCCUCCGAGUCUGAGAAGACGUACCAGCGGCUGCGGGAGCUGGGAGUCACGGCCGAGCUGGACAUCGUCCCGGAUGCUGAUCAUGGUCUCGUCACGAGGACUAACCCGCCGCUGCCAGCACCCGGAUCCGACGAAGCACAGGAGAGGGGGAUGGAUUUCGUCGCGCAGGAACUGCGCAAGUGA